GGCCGCUGCACACGUGAAAAUUGUAAGUACCUCCAUCCACCGCCUCACCUGAAAACGCAGCUUGAGAUCAACGGACGGAAUAACUUAGCAGCUCAAAAACUUAUGCAGAGUAUACAAACGCAUCAACAGCAUCAGUUAGUACAGAUGCAGGCAAUGGCCAGUUCUCACGUCCCUCUACAACAGACGUUAAUACCUGCACAGUCGGUCACGCCCACGACGCAGGCCCUGACCUCUGAUGUAUCUGGGUCAAUACCACAGUCCGUUUACAGCCACAUCAACCAAUACACGCCAUAUAUCUACACUGCUGGUUCGCACCCUCAAAUGAUUUAUGCCCCGCAGAUUACAAGUAACAUGUCCACCAUGGGGACAUCACAAGUGCCUACUACUUACCCAUAUAGCCAGUUUGUAACAACCCCAAUAAUGAAUACACAGGCCCAGCAAGGGUUUGCCGAAGUUCCUAUACAGCAUAGCCAUCCACAUGUGUUCCACACACCCUAUCCCUUUGCCUUUACCCCCAAACCAAAGAAUGACCGUCUUGAGGUGUGUCGAGAGUUUCAGAGAGGAGUCUGCUCCCGGGGGGAGAACGAAUGCAAAUUUGCACACCCUGGGGAAGAGGUGACAAUAGACUCGACCGACAACACGGCCACUGUCUGUAUGGACUACAUCAAGGGAAGAUGCUCGAGAGACAAAUGCAGGUAUUACCAUCCACCCCCUCAUCUUCAACUGCGAAUCAAAUCAGCUCAGCAACACAUCACGCAGGCAAACACCGCCCUCACUGCUGCCGCCACGAUUCUUCCGACCACGGCCGAAACAAACAGGCUCAAACGGACAAGUGAAAUCAGCGAAGAUCUAUUAAUGGCAAUGCCGCCAAUGAAGAAAGGACCAGGUAUGACAACGCCAAUGGUUCCAACAAAUUUUAUGUAUCACCAUCACCCUCAGCUGGCUGCUGCAGUAAUGGGACCACAGCCGUUAGUUCAAACAUUGUCCAUGGUACCGCAUCAAGGCACAUUACCGUACCUGACGCAACAUCUAGUCCAAGCUCAACAGAAAUCAGAAAUUAAUGAAAUAUCGCAGUUGUCUGAUACAAUGCCAGUAUGCCGUGACUUCAAGUCUGGCCACUGUAAGCGUCCAAAUUGCAAAUAUGCUCACGUUUCCGAAGAGUAUGUAGAGGUUGUCGAUGGAAAAGUGACCAUGUGCCGUGAUGCUGGCAAAGGCAAAUGCAUCCGCCCCAGCUGCAAAUACUAUCAUUCACCUACAUCUGCAACAACCACAGCUACUGCAUUUGAAUAACGCCCCAUCGCAUCCAGACUCCUGGUGCUAAUUGGCAGAGGGUCAGAAUAUAGCUGGCUUCAUUCCUAUUGGCUGAAUUCUGUAUGCUUCAAGUGCUGCUCGGUGACUUUAUAUUGCAAUCUAAAGGCCUUGUGGUUGCUUGCUUUCUGCGCUGCACACCUUGCUGCAGACUUUUACACACAGUAGUCUGCAACUUUCAAUCCAGUUUAGACCAGUUUGCUCUAGUUCUAACCAAACAGAUGAGCUUGUAGUUACAUGAUAUUGAUCAUGCAGAUCAUCUCACUUUUUCUUGUUUGUUGUCAUGUUUCAUCUUUUUUUGAUAAACUUUUUCUAAAUGACUGUAAACAAUUUUAAAGUUUUAUUGCUUGCCAAAUCAGUAAAUCAUCAGUUCAUUUUUUCAAUCAAUUCUAAAACUUGCCAAUCAUUAUUGAAUUUAUCCUUGUGCCAAAUAUUUCUAAAAUGAUAAAGUAUACUGGUGUUUAAAGUUGUUGACUACUGUUCUUUUUGAUUGCCAAAUUCUGAUUUAUUUUUUGUAAUGAAUAUACUGAUGUGUACCUAGUAUGUAUAAACAUUUGUCAGUUUUUUUCCUAAUAGUGUAGGCUAUCUUAUGAUUAAGGAAUAAUCCACAACUUUUGUAUACAAAUCAAUGGCUCUCCACAGUUCUUAAUGGUAAGAACAGCCUUGAGAAAUACCAAGAGAUUGCUUCUCGUUAAACUCAUUAAAAUGAUAUAUAGAAGUGAAUAUUGUAGUAUAACUUGGUACAGUAUAUGCAAUUUGUGCCAAAUUCAUGAGUUGUUAAAUGCAGUUGGUUUUAUUCUAAAUAACUGCAGAAUCUAUUGCCAAAUUUACUAAGUCAAAAAAAUAUAGCUGUUAUCAAUAUUUAAAAAAGUAUUAAUAAUGGUUGUGAAAUUCGAAUAAAAUGAUAAAUUGUGUGGACUUGCAGUGUGAAAUUUUAAUAUUAAUUUGUAAAUCUUUAAUAAGAUUCUUAAGAUAUUUUACAUUGAGGGACCACAUUAGGACAAAAUAUUGUUUAUGUAAAUUCUAAUUUUUGUAGAAAUUUGUUUUUGACAAAAAAAAAAUUAUCAAAAAUAUAUUUUCAUUUAUUAUUUUAUAGACAUCAGUUUUUUUAAUUUUGACAGUUUGUGAUUAUGCAGAUUUUUUAUUUAAAUAUUCUAUUUUAGGUUUACAUAAAACUACUACAGGAACUGGUAGGCCUUUGGAUAUAAAUUGGAACAACACUUCUAACACAGAAAUAAUAAAUCAAGAAAACCCAUGUCAUACUUGAUCAUAACCUAUUUAUUCACCAAGCUUCAUCAAACGCUUUGCUAAUGGCCACCUCAAUCUGCUCAGCAUCUCAAAUAAAAUAUGCAAUGGCAAAAUGGGGUCAUAAAGCUCAAACUAACUCUCUUUCUUCCUAAAACAACUCAUGCCAAGCUGUGAAAUAAUUAAAUAAUUUGUCUUAAAUUAUCUUAGUUACCUUACCGCAGCAAGAAACUCAAUAGUACUAUUCAGCUCAAUUGUUUAACUGAAAUUAUUUUACUGAAAUUUUUCCACAAAAUAUAUAUAUUUUAGUCAUAGGUUAUGGUCAACAUAUUAUUUCUUAAUUACACAGUUAAUGAAUAUGCAUGAGUAAUUAAUGAAUUCAUUAACAUUAUUUAGUUAUUUAGUCCAAUUAAUUGGUCACUUUGGAUAUCAAUUAAUGAAUUUUGCCAAAUCUUUUUAAGUAGUAUUUUAUUGUUUAAAACUUCUUAUUCUUCUUGAUGGUAAUGAUGUAGGUUAGAAGUUUCCAGUUUUAAUAUGUAAGAAUUGUAGUUGUGUAGUCGCCAAGAAAUGACCAUUUCCAAUGGUGAUUCCAUUCCAAAAAAAGAAGAGCUGAGCUGCAUUUUUGUAGCUAUGGGGAUGAAGGUUUCCAUGGGGACGAAUAAAUCCAUGGAGUUGAAGAUGCGUUAUUUCAAUGGAAUAUUCAUGUAUUGCAUUCCAUUGAAACUUGUGUUUUGAGAUACAAUUCAAUGAAUCAUUUAUGAAAGUAAUAAAAUGAAAAGAAAGUGGUGUACUUGAUUCAUUGUCUGAAGUUUGGAACUAUUCCUGAGCAAACAUGUAUGUAGAUACAGGACAUCCUUGUGUCUGAAUUUGAUUGUUGCACGUUUUGUCCAUGUGCAUGCCUAAGAUUUUGAAUAAUCUGCUAGAGUCCUGUAUCUAGCACCUUUAUUUUAUGCAUGCUCAGAAUGGCAGUUUAAUGCCUGGAAUGUCAUUACCAUUGGAAAUUGUCAUUAAUAGGUUAGUGUGAGUUUUUUGUGUAGACCAGUAAUUGUUAUUAGUUAGUGUGUAUGCGAUGAAUUCCAGUAAGGGGUGUAGAAGUUCGUUCCGUAUCUUUACAAAGAUAUGACUUUUAGCCGAGAAUCAAUUUUUAUUAUGUUUUACUACAGACAUGUCAUAUUUGUCAAAAAUUCCUGUUUUAUCUUUUUGAUAACAUUAUCAUUUUUAAGAUUUUCGAUUCUCGGCUGAAAUUCAACUAUGUGGAACACAUGCAACAAUUGUAUAUAAUUGUAAACAAUUUUUUAAGUGUUUUGUUAUCAGAAGGAAGACAACUAAACGUUAGCACUGUAGUGAUUAGACGAGCUUGCUUGAAUGAACAGUAAGACUUACAAUCUUAAAAGGUGGUGUUUUUUUUUAUUUGCAAGAUGUCUUCACAGGAGCAAAGCGGCAUUUUUAGAUGAAGUCAACUGAAUAUAAAUACUUAAAUAUGAUUUAUGUUUCAAGUAUAGUAACCACUCUUUCAUCUGUAAUUGAUAUCUUAUACUAGUGAAGACAGUAUUUUACUUUUCAAUGUAGAUGAUUUGAAUCUACUCUUUUUAUCCGUUUUCCUAAGUACAGUAUAUACAAUAAAUUUGUAACGAUGGUAAGUGAGAACAGAAUAGGCAGUGGAAAUUAACAUUUUACAAUGAAUUCUAUGAAUGAUUCUUUGUUAGUACAGUAUUACCUUAAGAGGUAUAUAAUAAGAAAUACAAUAUGUACAUACCAACCAAUUCAUUUAUCAAAUAAAUCUCACAUGUUUUAUGACUAAAUAUAUUGUCUUGUAAAAUCCAUAGUUAAGAUCAACUAUUUUGAAUUGUAGUGUAAUUGUGGAACGGACAGUGCAAGACCAUGGAUUAUAAAUUAUGUGCCUGUUUCAUCAUUUCUGAAAUCUGUGAUUUUGAACAUUAUUUUUGUGUAAUCCAUGUAGGCCUAUUGAUGUAAAGAAAAAAAAAUUGUGCGCAAAUUUUAAGCUGAUUGCUCUUAAAUACUGUAUAAAUCACUGUAGUGCCACUGUGAAAACAAUCGAAUUGCCAUAUUCAUUCAUGCUCAUACGUUUGCCAAAAUACUUACAGUAUCUCCUCGAAAAAAAAACCACUCCUGACAAUUAAGUUAUAGUCAGUUUUGUUCAUAAUACAUAGUAUAAGCUAACUGUUCGGUAACUUUCUAACAAAACGAACGCUCAAAAUUUGCCAUUUUGGAAACAUUUACACUAACGUUUUAAAUAUGCAAAUUAGCAGGUUCCUGUACGCACGUGUGAGCUAAAAUGAAGGCAUGAUGUUUGGGUUUCCUUUGUGAUUUUUAGCUUGCUUUAUUGUAUGCUUCUACUCAGAUUUACUAUUUUAAUGUUGUGAACUCCUUUCUAAGCACUCUCCUGUCUGUUUGGAGAUAUAGUACAGUAGUUAGCAGCAAACAAUUCCCUAAGAUGUUCGUGAUUAUUCAUAUGUGUAAACCAGAGAGCAUGUUGGCGGGAUUUUCCAAUCGUGCAUUUUAACUUUUUUUUAUGAAUUUAUAUAUACAUAUAUAUACGUCAUUAUCUGGACAGAUGUUUUUCUAAGAUCGCUGGGAUAUAUACUCUAGUUGAAUGUAUAUCUUUGGUGGCUCGACUUUAAAAUCCUGUACCAAUAUGUUCUCGUUAUGAAAGAUAGUAUGAGCGGGAAUUUAUCGUUUGACUGUUGUCUGCAUUUCGAUGUAUCUUCCAAGAAAAAUAUGUGCCAAGCUUACCUGUUGAAUAUGUUUUGUGUAAGUGUAUGUAUAAUGCUUAAAAGUAAACGGCAGCAAAUUGAUAUGCGAUCUACCAUUGACUUGAAAGGUAAAAUUUGACUUUUAGACAUUUAAUUAUAGCCAGAUCACCUUGGAAUGGUAAGCAUGUGAUCGGACUUGCAGCACGUAAGAAGGUUUUGCUUGCGCUCCUUUGAAUGCUUUGGAAUUUCGCUACUACCAUGAAGUUAUUUAAAAUCUCACCAAGUGUUCUUAAAAAACAAAUAACAUUUAUGCGUUUAAUUGCUAUACUUGCCGUAGAAAUUUUGCAAGUGUCCAAAUCCUAUCAAAUUCGUAAAUAACAUCGAUAAGAUACCGACAACGCAGUACAACUACGAGUGUACGCUAAUCGGUUUACGCAUACCCUGGGCCUAAACGCAAGCGCUAAUUGAUUUUCUUUAAGGCAAUUUGGAACGCUUAUUAAUUGCUAAUAAAGCUGUGUUUAGCACCAUCUGAUUGUUUAAAAAACUGUAAGAGAAUCAUCAGUAACCCCUACUAAAAUGUGGUGACGGUUCUAGCUUACUGAAGGCCUUAAAGAGAGAGAAAAAAACACAAGGGCUGCAGCGCAUACACGAGACAUAAAAUGUCUCGGCUGAAAUGCUUAAUAGUUAAAGAUAGUUAUCGCAGGAGCACUUUUUUCUUGUCUCAAUGUUUGUCUGCUGUUUCUCAUGUCAUGUUCGUACAACUCUGAGUCUUAUGAAUAAAUCAGAGUAUAAUAUACUGAAGUAGAAAA